AUGUCUCAGAAGAGGAACCAAGAACUUCCACCCACCAAAGCACCUCUUCCACCAUUUGGACAGCCAGGUCACCAAGGAAAAUCCGCCCUCCUCCGCGAAAACUUCCUCUGCAACCUCGCAGAUGCGAUCGUUCCUACCGGUCUCUUCGGUGAUCAUAAGAGACACCGCCGAGAUAGUGCCUAUAGGGCAGGGGACUUCAAGAAGGCUGAUGUAGAGGCCCACGAUGAGGAGGAUGACUGGGUAAACUUGACAGACAAGACAGUCAAAUCUGGUCCUCUGCAAAUCACACCUCGUGAUACGAAGUCUGAAGAGCAUCGCCGCAGUCCCAGCAUGAGUAAAUCUCCACCGAUGAAUCAGGGGUUCAGCCAGGCUAAACUCAGUGCGGGAUCGAUCCAGGAUGCAUUUUUUGCUUGGGCUGUUACUGGUGAUACAGAUUUGACGCCUGCCGUUGUUGGCCAACCCGACAAUUCCAAGUUCAUCCUUCGUCGCUAUGAUAUUAGGAGUCCCACAAAGAUCGAGAAGAAGCGCAUCGAUUUGCAUAUCGAUGAAUUCGAUUGGAGCAAUAAGGAGCAUGUUGAUAGACUGAACAAGGCUCGUCGUCACUGGGAGAUUAACACUCUUGAGUCAAACCCACAGACCAGUGGAAAGUCUCGCGUAACUAUCGAUGGUAGACGCUCUCCUGUUGAUACAUCCGUCGGAAGCUGGUCACCUGGCGACGAGGAGGGUGAUGGGGAUUCGAUUGACUUCUAG